AUGAGUAAGUUACCGAUGGGAAAUCGCAAUGUUCACAUUCAACAGUCCUUGGGUGCGGACACAAAUAUAAUGAAAUUCUACAUAACUCAGAACUCCACAACGUAUGGAGCUCGAUUUGAGAACUUCAAGCCUCGCCAAGAUUACCACAGAGGCACUGGAUACCUCAGUAACUUUAGACCCAGUGUUUAUUAUAACAGACGCCUGGAUGAUGUUGAUAAUCCAGCAAUGAGACGCAUCUGUGAUGGAAACUAUCGCUCAGUGACACAGCUGGAUUUUCAGCCUUACAGAGAUUCUUCUGGGCUGGAGGCAUUUCCUAUCAAUGUUAUACAAACUUCUACUGGUUUUGGAAAGGGAAAGAGUGCAGUUAUACCUGUUGAUUUCCAGGGUCCACAGAAGAUGAAGUCAGAAACCCAUGAAAAGUUUCAAGGUCGUAUGUGGCCUGAUGUAACUAUGGGCUCUAAAGAAGUGGGCCCACAAGAGAUGUCCGGAUUUGUCCGCAAUGGUGCUGAGGAUCCUAUCACUUUUGAACCACAGAAAGCCCAUGAAAACCUAAAGCCUGGUUGGUGCACUCACAGGCCUACCGGAGUGUCUAUAUCAAAGACCAGCUAUAUACCCAAAACAUGGUCCAGGGGAGACGAUCGUCUGCCAGGUGGAAUUCCUCGUGGAUCUGAGCGAGGAACUGGUUUUACCAGAGAAGAGGUGAAACCAAAAUAUGUUAACAUCAAGGCUCCAGAUGCUUAUGACAGACUGAAUGACAUGCCAGAGAUGAAGGCUGAGCGCACUCGUAAGCAAGAUCCGGCAGAGUAUAUCAACAUGCAAAAUCCUCAUAACAAAAGCAGCCUACAACAUGAACAGUUCAAAGGCGCCAUGAGGUGUCCUCCAAUUGAAGCAGAGAGACUAAACACUAGUGUUGGCUUUCAAGAAGAUAGUGGCUACGUGAGGAACAAUGCUCCUUAUCUGCAGCACACAGAUGAUAAGAUGAGGUUUAUGACUCACCAUAUGAGCAGGUUUGGUUUAGAUCCAACACCCAUUGGAGCAGAGAGAGCUGGCCAUCUGAGAGGUGGAAUACAGGAAAUGAGGCCUAAUGGCUUCACCAAGUCUGUUGGCAUGAAUGAUUUUGGCAGUGAAGCUCCCAGUACACAGGUUCUACAUAGGAUUGAGCCAUAUGUUGGAAGAAGCCUCACAGCCAGGAAUGUGUACUUUGAUGACCACACAUAUGAUACAAAGCUACACACACAACUGAUUGCCUAG